AUGAACAACACUCAGCAACCGAUUCGCUUUGCCAAGAAGCCUGUCUCGAGGAAGCGGGCGACAAAGGCAUGUCUUAAAUGUCGCAAGCGAAAGGUUCGGUGUGAUGUCACUCGCACUUCUACGCCUUGUACCAACUGUCGACUCGACGGCUGCGAAUGUGUCGUCGCUCGUCGCGCUGAUGCCUUUCCUAUCCCUCAUCGAGGCGCCUCCGUCAUCUCCGACAAUGCCGACCUCAUUCGUGACUGUGAAGCCGUCACAGCAGCUGCAUCCACGACGUCGCCCUCUUCCAACCACGACAACCCUACGAGUCCCAUCGACGAUGCAUCUGCCGUAUUACACACACUAGAAGAAAGCGAAUACAAGACAUCUAUCGAGCAUCACGAGCGGGUAGACCUCGAGUCGCCCACGACAAAUACCACUGAAGAUGUCGUCGAAGAGAUUAGAGAAAUCCCACCAUAUACACCCUCAUUAAUCGAAGAGCCCAGCGAACCCGUGCGAUCCGAACUCAAAGCUCUAUACUCCUCAAUGCCCUUCUUGAGGACCCUCAACAUGCGCGACUGCGAUUUCCAUCAUCUAAAUGCUCAAGGCUGUCUACGCGUCCCUUCCAAGCCAAUCCUCGACGAAUUUAUCCGACAUUAUUUCCUCUACAUCCAUCCAUUACUACCUCUUCUCAACGAAGCCGAUUUUUGGAAUGCUUACGAUCCUACACCCAAUUCUGCGACGUCUGGGACGCCUGUUUCGAUGCUUUUGUUGCAAUCUAUGAUGUUUGCUUCGUGCACUUUUGUCUCAAAGGAGAGUCUCCGGACGCUGGGAUUCGCCACCAUUCUUGAAGCUAAGGAGGCUUUCUACACCAAGGCCAAGCUUCUAUACGACUUCUCGACCGACCCCGAUCCAAUCUCUAUUGCACAAUCUGCUCUCCUCCUGACCUACUGGUGUCCUACGUUCCGUUCCGGACCUGGCAAAGCGAACAGUAGAUGGCUCCGAAUCGCAAUCCAACACGCCAAGUCAUGCGACGCCGAUAGUUACGACUCCCCCUCAUACGGAUUACACAUAUCACAACAAGAUGUCAAGAGACGGAACAUAUUGAAACGUAUCUGGUGGUGCUGCAUUAUCCGCGAUCGAAUCAUGCCCCUCUGCGUUCGCAGGAACAUUCAGAUCACAAGUGCCCAUUUCGACUUUGCGAACUGCUCCCCAUUGUGUUACGACGAUCUUGUUGAUGAACUCGAGUCGUCGCGAGUGUACAACAUCGCCACAAAGCACAAGCUCAUCCUCACAUUAGAACGCCUUACAGAACUUUGUGUUACUCUUACAGACGUCCUGGGUCUAGUAUAUCCUACCGAGACAUUGCCGAUUUUAGAUGCGGAAGCACAUUCGACAGCAUAUGCGCAAGUGCAGGAGCACAAGAGAUCACUGAAGAACUGGGCAGUGGCUACAAGACCGCCGCUUGCCAUUCAAGAUUUGACAUUGAGCUCAGGAGGAUACGAGGACUCUGCUGUAUUGUUCACUAAUCUGGUCUGGAUCUAUUUCCACGCCAGUCAAGUCGCCCUCUGCAACUACGAACUUCACCUCGGUCUCGUAUUAGGUCUUGUCAACCAAAAUCCCACUGCAUCACAUGAGACACAGUUUCUCAAAAACAACCGAAGGGACCUCCGAAACGCCACCAAAAGCAUAGCAGAAUGCUUUGCUCGACUACACCCACAUCGACUCACCCGUUGGUUACCCAGCAGUGCUGUAGCAUGCACAGCUCUCCCGCUCGCGAUGCACAUGGUCGAUAUGAAAAUGUCCACCGCCUCUUCUGCAACUGGGAUUUGGGCCCGUCCAGAAGUCGCUUCCAAGCAAUCGCGACUCAACGUCCUCAUACAAGUAUUCAGGGAGCUUCACCCAAAGUACGACGGCGUUCACUCCAUCUCCAAGACGAUUCGAUACUUUAUGGAGUGCAGUGACCGUGAGGAGCCUUCACAAAUGAUGCUAACCAACGAUCACGCCGAUGUCCUGGCCCGAAGUCCAACACAAUAUCUUAGACUGGCUUUGACCAUCGACGUGUGUCUUAGUCAAGAUCGACUGGCUCAAGACAGUGACUUUCCAGCUGCUUUGAGGCGUUUCUUCAAUAGGAACAGGUCCUUGAUGCCUAUGCUACUAGGACAACCACAAUUUGCGCCAAUGCCCAUGACACAACAGAUAUCCCUCCCACGACCACUCUCACCAGCGACAUAUGCGAAAAGCUUUUCGAGAUGGAUGGAGGAUGAUCCAUCAGUGGGUUUUGCUAUGCAGAUGGGCAUAGACAUAGGACCCCGAUCGCCAAUAGUCUAUGAGGUUGCGGAACGAGCACAGGCGACACAUUCGGAGAGUACGGAAGAGCCGUCUCCUGUGUCCGAGCAGUCACAAUUCAGUGAAUCAGUAAUGGGUAUGGAGACAACGGAGGAUCUAUUACAGCGUCUUCAAGGGGCAGUGAGUUGGGCCCAGAAUGACCAAGCCUUGUAUUUUGCGUCAGAGAUGGGUUUGCUCUCGAAUGGUAUUGGGUUUAAUCAGGGUUAUUUGUAA